GUAAGGAGUGGCACUUUUUAAAAGUGCAGCCCCAGGCCAGCGGGUAGCCGCCAGCCCCUCAGUACCGGACGCCAGGUCCUCUUUGCCUCCACUGCGCACUUCUCAGGUCCCACCAGUCCGGCUACAGGCCCGUCCAGCCUGCACCAUGCCCGUCAAAGGAGGUUCCAAGUGCAUCAAAUACCUGCUUUUCGGGUUUAACUUCAUCUUCUGGCUUGCCGGGAUUGCUGUUCUUGCUGUUGGACUAUGGCUCCGCUUCGACACCCAGACCAAGAGCAUCUUCGAGCAGGAUUCUAACAGUAACUCGAGCUUCUACACAGGAGUUUACAUUCUGAUUGGAGCCGGGGUCCUCAUGGUGGUGGUGGGUUUCUUGGGCUGCUGUGGUGCGAUCCAGGAGUCGCAGUGCAUGCUGGGAUUGUUCUUUUGCUUCCUCUUGGUGAUAUUCGGUAUUGAAGUAGCUGCAGCCGCCUGGGGCUUCACCCACAAGGAUGAGGUGAUUAAGCGCCUCCAAGACUUUUACAUUGACACCUAUACCAAGCUGAGAAACAAGGACGAGCUCCAGCGGGAAACACUGAAAGUCAUCCACAAAGCGUUGGACUGCUGUGGUGUAGCUGGGGGCAUAGAACAGUUUAUCUCGGACAUCUGCCCCAGUGAUGGCAUCCUCAACAACCUCAAAUACAAGCCCUGCCCUCAGGCCAUCAAAGAGGUCUUUGACAACAAAUUCCACAUCAUUGGUGCAGUGGGCAUUGCCAUUGCUGUGGUGAUGAUAUUUGGCAUGAUCUUCAGUAUGAUCUUGUGCUGUGCGAUCCGCAGAGACCGAGGGAUAGUCUAGAGUCUGCCUAUUUCCCAAACAGGAAAAUUGACUCCUGAAGACUGUUGAGUGUUUUGUUUUGUUUUAUUUUGUUUUGUUUUGUUUUUUGUAUUGGGGGUUGUUUGUUUUUGCCACUAAUUUUAGUAUUCAUUUUGCAUUUCUAAACAAAAGUUCUAUGUUUGUCUUUUUAAUGCUUUAUUCACUAUUGACAUUUGUAGUUGGGGACUUGGGGGUUUUGGUUUGCUUUCGUUUUUUGUUGUUGCUGUUGUUGUUUCCCAGUUCUUUAUUUUUGCUUAUUAAACAUAAACCCUGCAAUGAAAGGUACUAUAUUUGCUAGACUCUAGACAAAAAGAUAUUGUACAUAAAGAGAACUUUUUUGUCUUUAAGUGGAUAAAAAUGUCUAUCAAACUUAAUCAGGUUGUAACUUAUAUUGAAGACAAUUUGAUACAUAAUAAAAGAUGAUGAUAAUAUUCA